ACCCCUCGCUUUCAACGCCCGCCAUCGAUGCCUUUCAACUCCACUUCUGACGCCUUUGCACUCCACCCCGAUAUCAUCGCUUCGUAUGGACCCUCGUACCCUCAGAGCGCUCGCGGGCUUGGGCAUCUUCUUUCAAUCCGCUGGGGUGGACGUCGCCGAGUUCGCGCGCGUCCGCGACGUCGCGGUGCUGCAGCUCGCGGGCCAGCGCGACUUCCACACGACCCCGCGCGCGGUCGCGCAGGCCGUGGACGCGAUGACGAACGCGUCGCCGUGCGCGGUCGCGGUCAUUCGCCGCGGCACGCACUGCUUCUUGGACGAAUUCGAGGAGUACGCGUACCCGCCGUCGCAGUGCGACGCGGCGAGAAACGGCCGCGCCGACGCCGCGACGGCGGGGCGGUUCGACGUGUUGACGCCCGAGUCGCAGCUGGCGCUGACGCGCGAGUACCUCGCCGCGUUCUUCGUCGGCGCGCUGGGGCGGACCGGCGGCGGCGGGAGGGACGCGAAGAGAGUCGUCGAGGGACGGCGGCGGGUGUGGGGCGACUCGGCGGAGGACCUCCGAAGCGGUCGCGGACGGCGCGGGCGGGACGCGCGGUUCGAGGUCGAGAUCGACGACGACGACGCGAGCGGCGCGGGCGUGCCGUACGACGUGACGCUGCGGACGGACCCGCGGAUGUCGCGCGUGGAGGUCACGCUGUGAGGGGGCGGGGGAGAGAGAAGAAACGCGCUUGCUUUCGCGCGCGUCAUCAUCGUCAGUAACGCUUUAACUCUCGACG